GUGCCAUUUCAUUUCCCCCCAAUUCCUCCCGCCCAAUUCCGACCGCCGCCAUGGCCGCCGCCGCCGACGACUUCGCCCCUCCGUGGCCCACGUCCUCGCCCGCACCCGCACCCGCGCGUGGCGGCGGCGGCGUGUACCAGGUGGGCGGCGUGCCGGUGGAGUUCCCCUACAAGCCCUACGGGACGCAGCUGGCCUUCAUGGGCCGCGUCAUCACCACGCUCGACCGCGCCCGCCGCCAGGGCCGCUCCCACGCGCUCCUCGAGUCGCCCACCGGCACCGGCAAGUCGCUCUCCCUCCUCUGCUCGGCCCUCGCAUGGCAGCGCCACUACCCGCUCCGCGCGCCUCCCGCCGCCGCCCCCGACCCGUUCCUCCAUGGCGGCGGCUUCGUCGCCGACGAUACCCAGCAGCAGCAGGCAACUCCCGGCGCCCAGGAGAAGGCGGUCAGGAAGAAGAACGCGCCGACCAUCUACUACGCGACGAGGACGCACUCGCAGAUCACCCAGGUGGUCCGGGAGCUCCGCAAGACGGCGUACCGGCCGCGCAUGGCCAUCUUGGCCUCAAGGAAGCACUACUGUGUAAAUCAGAACGUAUGCAUGUCUGACCAAAUCGACGAGAAUUGCAAGAAGCUCCUAGAUGACAAAGUUCAGGGAUGCCCAGAAUUCAAGAAUGCACAGAAACUAAGUCGUCACCCAUCCCUUCAGACCGGUGGCUCCUAUGAAGUUCAUGAUAUCGAGGAUCUUCUUAGAGUUGGAAAACAAGUCAAGGGAUGUCCAUAUUUUGCUGCACAAACCCUUGCAGAAGCAGCUCAACUGGUUUUCUGCCCAUACAACUACCUAAUUAGUCCAAUUGUCAGGAGAGCAAUGGACAUUGAUAUCCGUGGUUCAGUUGUUAUUCUUGAUGAAGCACACAACAUAGAAGACAUAUCACGUGAGGCUGGAAGUGUUGAUGUUGAUGCAGAAUCACUUGACAGUUUGGAUGGAGAACUAGCAAGGUUGGCCACUAAUCAGGCUGUUGCAAUGAUAUACCAACCCUUGCAUGAUGUCAUUGAGGGGCUUAGAAAUUGGAUUACUGACCAGGAAGGCAAUGUACGCGAUAACGAGUUUGAACAUCCUGCUUCAUUUUGGACUGGUGAAAAUGCCCUGAAGGAACUACAGAGGGCCGGUAUUACUCCUGUAUACUUCCCACUAUUGCAAGACUGUGCAACAAAGGCAGUCAAGGCUGCUUCGGAUACUGAGUCAGAUGGAGAUCACUUAGCUGGUCGUCAUGCUAUGACACUUGAGAGUCUAUUCUCCUCAUUGAGCCACUUUUUCGCUGGGAAUGGGCGCCAUAUGUAUGAUUACCAGCUUGCUUUCCAACGGUUUGUUCAGAGAGAAGGCAUUUCUGCCACUGAACCAAGAUGUGUGAUGAGUUUAUGGUGCCUCAAUCCUGCUGUCGUCUUUCAAGAUAUUGCAGAUCUAACCCAAUCAGUAAUAUUGACAUCUGGCACACUCUCUCCAAUGGGCUCCUUUGCGUCUGAACUUGGUGUACAGUUUGAUGCUUGCAUGGAAGCUCCUCACGUGAUCGAUGCUGAUUCUCAGGUUUUUGCAAGUGUACUAUCAUCUGGCCCAACAACACAUCGGUUGAAUGCUAGCUAUAAAACUGCAGAUGCAUAUUCUUUCCAGGACGAACUUGGAGCUUCAAUAGAAGAAAUAUGCAGAAUAGUGCCUGGUGGUGCUCUAGUGUUCUUUCCUAGCUAUAAGUUGUUGGACAAACUCAAAAUGCGCUGGACUCAGACAGGUCAGUGGGCACGAUUGAAUGCUCAAAAGCCGGUUUUUGUUGAGCCUAGAGGGAGCACUGAGGAACUCGAGCCUGUCCUAAAUGGAUACUAUAACGCAAUCCUUGGUAAGGUUCCUCUUAAGAAAGGCAGAGGUGGUGCAAAACAAAUCGUGAAGAAUCGAGUGAGAAAGAAUACCCAACAGGAACCUGCUAAAGGAGGAGCUGCUUUUCUUGCAGUUUGUCGUGGGAAGGUAUCUGAAGGAAUUGACUUCUCUGAUGACAACGCUAGGGUUGUGGUCAUUGUUGGCAUUCCUUUUCCAAAUAUAAAUGAUGUCCAAGUAAAGCUGAAAAAGAGAUAUAAUGAUUCCUACAAAUCAUCAAAAAAUCUGUUGAGUGGGAGUGAAUGGUACUGUCAUCAAGCAUUUCGUGCUCUGAAUCAAGCUGCUGGUCGAUGCAUUCGGCAUAAAUUUGACUACGGAGGGAUAAUUUUGAUUGAUGAACGAUAUCAGGAAGAGAGAAACCUUGUACACAUUUCAAAAUGGCUUAAGAACUCUAUUAAGCUUUAUAGUAGCUUCCAGGAGACGAUGGUUGAAUUAAAUAAGUUUUUUCAAAAGGCUGAGGAACAUAUAAAGAUAAAACGUCAAGACAUGUUCCCUAAGGUUAAGUUGGAUGCUGAUAUACUUGCAGCGCACAGUGAUAAAAGAAAGUUGCCUUGGCCAGAAUCAGAUUUCUUAAAACAGUCAGUACUGCAAACUAAUCAGAAGGUAAAGAAGGAAGACAUUAGUGUCAAGGUUUCCAACAUUGAUGCAGCGCACAGUGAUAAAAGAAAGCUGCCUUCGCCAGUAUCAAAUUUCUCAAACCAGUCAGUGUGGCAAACUAAUCAGAAGGUAAAGAAGGAACACGGUAGUGUCAAGGUUUCAAAUAUUGAUGCUGAUAUACUUACACCACACAGUGAUAAAAUAAAGCUGCCAUUGCCAGAAUCAAAUCUCUCAAACCAGUCAGUACCGCAAACUAAUCGGAAGUUAAAGAAGGAACACGAUUGUGUUGAGGUUUCAAACAGUGAUGAUGUGGCGGGAGCAGACCCUAAAAAUCAUGGUAUGUCUUAUACAUCACCAGAAGCAUGGAAGAUCUCUGUAAAAUCUUCUGACUUAGCAAAGAGAAAAAGCCCCCCCAUGCCCAGAAGUCAAACAACAGCAUGCCAUCUCCCCCCGUCCCACAAAGUUCAGUACAGUGCAAAACACAAGGCGAACACUGGGGGGGAUUAUGAAGUCAAUGUUAUUGACUUAGAGAAUUGUGAUUCUGUUCCUCGGUAUCAAAAGUUAACUAUCUUUAGUCCAUCACAAGACAGGUCGGAAGAGCCUACUCUUGUGGAAGGAACUUCUGAAGAUGAUCCAGUUGCUAGUCCCAGCAAUCAUUCUGAGGUAAAUACCUCUGCAGUGAUGAAUGAUGAUGAAGAUCAGGUCGUAGACGUGUCUGCUUCACUCUCAACAGUGAAUAGAAAUCAUUCUUGUGUGUCCACAUUAGCGGGCACUCCUGAAAGAACAGCUGAUAGAGGAUAUCACUUGGAUCAUGAAUCUUCAGUGAACAAAAGCGUAAAUUCUCACCAGCAGAAAAGGAGAAGGCUUAAUAUUCCUAUGAGCAGUUGCACUGAUACAGAGCAUUCUAAUCCUUUGAAUCCUUCAAGCACAUCCAUUUGCAAUACUGAUUCUGCUGUCAGGUUGGUGCCUGGAGAUCUGAAGAGUACUGAUGGGCUGUGUUGUAGAAGUAUGAACAUGUCCAGGUGUGAAAAUAUUAAGUUUGAAAGAUGUCCCAAGCCAGUAGAGCUUUCCUCGAAUAAAUCUGCAGGAAAAAAACUUUGCAUUUAUUGCGCCAGAUGCCAAACACCACUUGGAUUGCAGAAGGAUGGCUUUCUUGUUUCAUCCUCAUUGUCAUCGCCCUCGAAAGUUUACUUGACAUAUCUUUUGAGAUAUGGAUUAUCAAGUGUUGAGUUCACACAAGAUCUCAUCUCAUCACCACCAGCUGUGGUAAAUGUUAUUGUAUGUGAUGCUUCUUCACUCAACCAAGAGAUCCUUCGAAAAUUCUGUGGUGAAGGUUCUGCUCACCAAUCUGGUGUUUGGUCUGAGAAGGAUGGAUGUGUAUACAAGCCAAUAACAUGCCCUUUCUGCCCUUGUGAAAAUGCUUCUGCGGCGGUGCUUGGAGCACAAGUUCUUGCAACUGACGCUUCAAAUCUACAAUCAUUAAACGAGGUGCUCUUGUUUGCUGAUCGUUUGGAUGUCAAGCAUGAACCCUUGAGUGAUGUCAAGCAUGAUUCCUCGAGUGAUGUCAAGCUUGAACCCUCGAGUGAUGUCAGGCUUGAACCGUCGAGUGAUGUCAAGUUUGAACCCUCGAGUGAACCGGUCGCAAGUAAUCAGAGAGGUGCUGUUAAGCCCAUGUCACCCCCACCAGUGAUCGACUUCAAGGAAUUUGCUUAUACGCCAUUGAAGAAGAAUCCUGUACCACUGAGCACGAGGAGGUCCAAGCUUAGGUUACCUACCACGAAUAAAUCCACAAGACCACAACUGGUGCCUAAAGUCGAGGAUCCAUAGGAUGUGAUUUCGUGUCCACAGGAUGGUGUUCAGUGUCAGCUUGUUACUCUGAGGCACAGGAAAAGCUCAUUGCUGGCCUCGGCGCCAACACAUGUUGCUGGAUGGAGACGCUAACUAAGCUGCUGGCUAGUUGAGUAUGAUUGGAAAGGAAAUUUUAAUCGAAGUUGAAGCAUGAUGUUAAGUUGUAUAUACUCAACCAUUAGAGCAUUGGCUCAUUGGCUCUGUGUCUUGUGGUGCAGCUGUAAAUACGGGGAAGGGCGACUAAACUUGCAAUGGUUCCAUUCUCGGUGUAAAGAUGCACAAUGUAAACACAAACUUUGGAAUGCAUCUUUAUUUAUAUGGAUUUAUGUCCUCACUAGUUA